AUGGUAAGAAGGAAUGGUCCGGAAAAAAUUGUUGCAGUGCGAAUGAUGAUGAUAACACCCAUCAGUUACGAAGACGAUGACUAUCAUGUGGAUACCUUUCCAAAGGAAUAUGGUUACGGAGCAUUCGAUCAGGAUGGUUUGGAUUCGUCAGGGAUGACGGGUUCCGAUGCCGAUUCUAAGCCACGUAUUCUCUUAAUGGGUCUACGACGUUCCGGCAAAUCUUCAAUACAAAAAGUUGUCUUCCACAAGAUGUCACCCAACGAAACACUGUUCCUGGAAUCGACCAGUAAAAUUGUCAAAGACGAUAUUAACAAUUCAAGUUUUGUACAAUUUUCAAUUUGGGAUUUUCCGGGACAAAUUGAUUUCAUUGAUCCCACAUUCGAUUCGGAUAUGAUAUUUGGCAAUUGCGGAUCGUUGGUGUUCGUGAUCGAUGCAAAGGAUGAUUACAACGAAGCGUUGACGAAAUUUAAGAAUACCGUCAUAAAGGCAUAUAAAGUUAAUCCGCGUAUUAAAUUUGAAGUUUUCAUACAUAAGGUCGAUGGCAUUAGCGAUGACACAAAAAUGGAAUCCCAGCGUGAUAUACAUCAACGAGCCUCCGAUGAUCUAGCCGAUGCUGGCCUAACGCAAAUCCAUUUAAGUUUUCACUUGACUUCCAUCUAUGAUCAUUCGAUAUUUGAGGCCUUUUCGAAGGUGGUACAAAAGCUAAUACCCCAAUUGCCGACAUUAGAAAAUUUGCUCAAUAUUUUUAUAUCGAAUUCUGGCAUUGAAAAGGCAUUUCUAUUCGAUGUGGUGUCAAAAAUUUACAUUGCAACCGAUUGUUCACCGGUCGAUAUGCAAAGUUAUGAACUAUGUUGUGAUAUGAUAGAUGUUGUUAUCGAUUUAUCGAGUAUAUAUAGUUCCGAAGAGGAUGCUUUCGAUAAUCAAAGUUCUAGUCUCAUCAAAUUGAAUAAUAACACAAUACUCUAUCUGCGUGAAGUGAAUAAAUUCCUGGCCCUUGUUUGUAUAUUGCGCGAAGAGAAUUUCAUUCGGCAGGGUGUUAUCGAUUAUAAUUUUAUGUGUUUCCGUGAUGCCAUUAGUGAAGUAUUUGAGCUGCGUAUGAAAUCUCAGAAAUUACCCACCGUCGAUGAACGUCAAGAGUAUAUAAUGAACGGUGAUGGUGAUUCGGAUGAUGAGAAUUUGGACGAUGAUGAUGAAGAGCUGGUCAACAGUAGAACAGGGAAAAUGGUUUAA